AAAGAAAAACCUAAGCGGGACCCCAAAAGGUCGGUGUUGAAAAAACAAAAAAAAAACUGCAUACGACUUGCAGUAUUGUGGAAAUAUGGACUUCUUCAGUAAUUUUCACAGCCCUGUGAGCGUCGUGAGAGUGUGUGUGGGACAAGUGUAAGAUCUGCGUUAGGCUGUCACCGUCACCGUCACCGUCACCCAGGUGAAACAUUGCCAAAUCCUUUGACAGAUUUCUAUUUGCCACUUAUUUUGCAUUUGGCAUUUCGUGAGUGUCAAUCGAGUGAAAGUAAACAAUGAAGCGCACCCAAAUGGAUAGGCGAUCCAAUAUCACAAAACUAAUAACGGUAGAUGCAAUGCGAUGCCUGCUACUGAUCAUGAUGGUAAUACUACCGGAGGCCACGGCCGGAUUCGGCUUCGACUCGGCCAAUUCGUGCAGUCCGAAUGGCAAGAUGUCCCGCCGCGGUCGAGCCCAGAUGCUGGCUUCCAUUCCCUGUGAUCUUGGGAAGCAGGCAUUUUGUCACCUGCCUGGAGCAGCUUAUCCCUGGCAUGCCGUCCGGAGAUUCGUGCACGAAAACCAGGGAUUGAUGAAGCGAAUGUAUGGAGAUGUGAGGCACAUUUCCAUUCUGCGGGAUGAGAUCCAGAACAACGAGGUGGACGAGGACGACAUGGAGGAGACAGCGGAGAGAUACAGCAAGGAUGGAGGACGGCGUAGUGCCAAGUAUCUGAUGCAUGGCAGGGAACGCGAUCGUGAUCGUGAGGAUUUCGGUAGCUUCAAGGGAAACGAUGUGCUAAUGGAGCCACAUUUUCGUCCGGUUUCCACCAGUACCAGCAGUACUACCACAACUACCAAAGCAACCACCACAACAGCAGCUCCCAUCACCACCAGCUCCACCACAGACAAAGCACAGUCUGAGUCUUCAACAACUCCUGAGAAUAAUUCCACAUCUAGCACCACUAGUGCUCCAGCACCUUCUUCAAAAGAAGCUGAAAUAGAGCCGGAAAUAGUGGAGAUCCAGCCCAGUCUGGAAUCUAAUAGUGUCUAUGAGGUGGUGCCGUCUCCGGCUCCUUCAACAGCUAGCACCACUACGACUGGAGCACCUUCAUCGUCGGUGGGCGGAAACAUAGAAAUCAUUGAAUCACCACAGUUGGGGCUAAGGAAUCUUAGCUUGGAGGUGAAACCAUCACAAGAACCCACCACUGCUGCUCCCCUGAAACCCACUUCGAAGGGCUCCACCAAUCUUCCCUUAAGAAAAAGAAAACCAGCAGAAGCAUCCACAACGGUGGCCACUCCCAAAGCGGCAACCACAACUGCAGCACCACCCCCAACCACAGGCACCUUGCUGAGCCGUCGAAAUGUGACCAAGUCCUCCCCAUCACCGCCAGGAUCCUUCACUACUCCGGUGACCUUUGCCUCGCUGUUCUCUUCUGGACAGUUCAGUGUCGAAAAGCUGCGCAGGCCAUUGACCACCAGUAGCACCACAGUGCCAGCGCCGGCUUCGGUUGGAGCUGCCCAAUCUGUAGGGGGAGGAGGGUCCAAGCCGGGACUGCUGCGAGAAGGUCAACUAUUCCAAGAUGCCAUGAAACAGGAACCAGUCGCUGUGGCAAGCAACCUGCGGGGAGUAAAUGCCUGCCCCGUCAAGGACGAGGUAGUGGCUCCUUUUUGGGCCAACAAUACCCGCGGGGAGGUCCUAGCCCUUCUCAACCUUUAUCCCUUUGAACAGUACGUCCACUGGGAGAAGUGCACCCACGAGUUCAAGCAAAUGUUCUGCCGGGAUGGCUGCCGUUGUGAGCAGCAGUACCGGCUCCACCGACUCCUGGCCUACGAUCCGCACAACGAGUGCCGUGGCAUCUUCUCCGACUGGUUCCGCUUCCCGUCCAGCUGCAUCUGCAAGUGCUACAACAUCCCAAUGGAGUUCCGGGCCACCUCGAGGAGUCCACGAUCCGACAGCAGCUUCGAUGCGCCCAGAUCCGAUCCGAUUGAGGCAGCCGAGGCCGAGGUCCAAAAAGCCAUCUACGAGCAUGCCACCGAGGAGUGGUAUCGCCCCCGGGACGAGUUUGAUUUCUUGGAGGGUUAAUACUUAAAAAUUUUAAUCGAUUGUACAGUAAAAUAGCAGAAAUAGUAGUUAAGCUACAGACACUUUCUUCAAUCACAUCUCUCAUCUGUCUUCUAGUCUAAAACAGAACAAUAUUUUCUAAAAGCUUAUUUAAUCUUUUUUUUUUAGUUUUUAG